AGAGGAGAUGACUGCAUGGUUUCUGCCUUCAAGAAAGCAGCAGAAAACGUGUAUUUUAUUUUGUUAGUCGUCAAAGGGUAGUGUUUACAAAGUUUGUAUCAGAGCUUAGAGAGGCAGAUUUGGUGCAUCAGUUGUUCUGUGGCUGCUAAGCAGGUUUAUUGACAUUUUUUACUUUUAAUAUCCCUGGUGUCAAGUUUUUUUUCAUUCGUGCCAGUUGGAUAUGAAGGAUUCGCUGAAGCUGGUGUCGAAGUUCACUGCGCAUCCAGACUCCCGGUGCUGGUUCGUGGCUUGGAACCCGAAUGGUACUUUGCUGGCUUCUUCUGGAGGGGACCGGUCCAUUCGCAUAUGGGGGCGAGAGGGUGACUCGUGGGUGUGUAAGUUGGUCCUGGAGGAGGGUCACCAGCGGACAGUGCGGAAGGUGGCUUGGUCUCCCUGCGGGAACUACCUCGCCUCAGCCAGCUUCGACGCCACCACCUGCAUCUGGAGGAAGAAGCAGGACGAGUUUGAGUGCGUGACCACUCUGGAAGGGCAUGAAAACGAAGUGAAAUGCGUGGCCUGGGCCCCCUCCGGGAACCUGCUGGCCACCUGCAGCCGAGACAAAAGCGUCUGGGUAUGGGAAGUGGACGAGGAAGAUGAGUACGAGUGUGUCAGUGUGGUGAACUCGCACAGGCAGGACGUCAAGCAUGUUGUCUGGCACCCAAACCAGGAGAUCCUGGCCUCAGCCAGCUAUGACAAUUCAGUGAAGCUGUACAAGGAGGACGAUGAUGACUGGGUGUGCAGGGACACCCUGGAGGGUCACGAGUCGACGGUGUGGAGUGUGGACUUCGACAAGACUGGCCAGAGAUUGGCCUCCUGCAGCGACGACAAGACUGUGAAGAUCUGGAGGGAAUACGAGCCUGGGAAUGAGCAAGGUGUGGCGUGUAACGGCACGGCCCCAACCUGGAAGUGUAUCUGCACCCUGUCCGGCUUCCACUCCCGCAGCAUCUACGACAUCUCCUGGUGUCACCUGUCCGGUGCCUUGGCGACAGCCUGUGGGGACGACGCCAUCCGGGUUUUUGAGGAGGACACGACCUCUGACCCCCACCAGCCCACCUUCUCCCUGGCCGCCCACGUCCCCAAAGCCCACGAUCAGGAUGUGAACUGCGUGUCCUGGAACCCCAAAGAGGUGGGGUUGCUGGCCUCCUGCAGCGAUGAUGGAGACAUUGGCAUCUGGAGCUACCAACCUCAGCACUGAGGAGGCAGCAGCCAGGAGAGAGCAUUGGGGGAUGUGGCAUGUUUAUGAGAGUAACAUCAGGAGAGUGCGGCUGCAUGGAAAUAUACCAUGAUUAGGGCUUGUAUUUUUGAUAGCUUGACUUAUUUCCUGAUUCAUUGCAAAAGAACGUCACUUGUUUCUUGUUCUUCUUCAUAUCCUGAACUUGUUUUGCUUAUUUUUUAUUUCAAACAGACGUGACGAUUUACAUUAAUUGCAUUUCAUUCUUGCGCUUGCUUAGUUUAUUAUCGUGCUUUUGGUAUUUUCACUCGUUUAACAAGUUGUCCAGACAGAUUUUCUUUUCAACAUAAAAUACCCAGUACAGAGUGUACACUGACAGCAAGUCCAUCAUUUAAAUCUCCUUGAUUUUGUAGCAAAGAAAAAUAUAAGGACAAAAUGCAUGAUAGCCAAUCAGAAGCAGAUGAAAUGAGCAGCCACACCUGCAUGCAGGUUUCACUUCCACAAAGAACAUUUCUGUUUAACUAUAUUUUCAUUGUUUGACAGCAUGAGCCAGAUUGCAGCAGGGUUGAAGAAACAUUUACUCUGAUCAACAUUUCUGCUGACCGUUCAAACCAGAGUAGCUUGGAUGGAAGCGUCCAUAACAAGUUGCUUCCGGGGGCAUUGAUAUGCACAUUGUGUACAUGCGUCUUGUCACCCAGGUCAAUCCUGCUUUGUCAAAAGCAGUGUGAAAUCGGGUAACUGACCCACAUGACACCGGGUAGGUUUGACCCCGGUAGAGCAUGCCAGUGUGAAAAGGGCUUAGGCAAACAUCAGUCAUAAGAGGAGUGGUAGCGAUACACACAAGCAAGAUUAGUGUGAAAGCAUGAAAUGUUCGCCCCUAAUGAAUCUGUGAAGUGUUUCUUCUAACAGGCAAGUGCCUUAUACACCUGCAGAUAAUCUUGGCUAAACAGUUUAAGUACUGCGGCCCCCGUUAUCACUGUAAACGCUCACUAAUGGUGCAUUUAUUACAAGUACUUAGAGCAGUGUUUUCCAAAU